AGGAUUUCCAUUACACAUGUGAAACGUAGCUAUGGAUCUCUUCAUAGUCCUAGUGAUUUGUCUUUCUUGUUUGAUUUCCCUUUUUUUAUGGAAUCAAAGCUAUGCUAAAGGAAAGUUGCCACCUGGUCCUACUCCUCUCCCAAUCAUUGGAAAUCUUCUACAGAUAGGUACUAGUAAUACUAGCAAGUCCCUCACCAAGCUAGCACAAGAUUAUGGCCCCGUGUUCACUGUAUACAUUGGCAUGAAGCCCACUGUGGUGCUGCACGGGUAUGAAGCCGUGAAGGAAGCCUUGGUUGAUCACAGCGAGGUGUUUUCCGGCAGAGGGAGCUUCCCAGUGAUAGACAGAAUCUUUCAAGGGGCAGGAAUUGUUUUCAGCAACGGAGAAACAUGGAAACAAACACGACGUUUCUCUCUCAUGGUUUUGCGGAACAUGGGGAUGGGGAAGAAGACUAUUGAAGAGAGAAUUCAAGAGGAAGCCUUGUGUCUGGUGGAAGCAUUGAAAAAAACCAAUGCUUCUCCCUGUGACCCAGCUUUACUUUUGGGCAGUGCUCCCUGCAAUGUGAUCUGCUCCAUUAUUUUCCAGAAUCGUUUUGAGUACAGUGAUAACAAACUGUUAACUCUGGUAGAUUAUUUUCAUGAAAACCUCAGAAUUGCAAGCACAUCCUGGAUACAGCUCUACAAUAUUUUUCCUUCUUUAAUACAUUAUCUCCCAGGAUCUCAUAAUGAGUUAUUUCAGAAUAUUGCCAAGCAGAAAAAGUUUAUUUUGGAGCAAGUAGAAGAACAUCAAGAAUCACUGGACUUCAAUAACCCUCGAGACUUUAUUGACUACUUUCUGAUUAAGAUGGAAAAGGAAAAACACAAUAAGCAGUCAGAAUUCACUAUGGAGAAUUUGAUCAUUACCGUCUGGGAUGUGUUCAGUGCUGGAACAGAGACAAUAAGCACCACUCUGAGAUAUGGACUGCUAUUCCUGAUUAAGUACCCAGAGGUGGCAGCUAAGGCCCAGGCAGAGAUUGAGCGAGUGCUUGGUAGACACCGGAGCCCCAGCAUGCAGGACAGGAGCCACAUGCCCUACAUGGACGCCUUGGUGCAUGAGAUCCAGAGAUACACUGAUAUUGUCCCCAACAGCUUGCCUCAUGCAGUGACUCAGGACAUUACUUUCAGAAACUACCUGAUUCCCAAGGGUACAGAGAUAAUGACAUCUCUGACUUCAGUCCUUCACGAUGCCAAAGAGUUUCCCAGUCCAGAGCAGUUUGAUCCCAGCCACUUCCUAGAUAAAAGUGGAAAUUUUAAGAAGAGUGACUACUUCAUGCCUUUUUCAGCAGGAAAGAGAGUUUGUGUAGGAGAGGCCCUGGCCCGCAUGGAACUGUUUUUAUUCCUGACCAAUAUUUUACAGAAUUUUACCUUGAAGCCUCUAGUUGACCCCAAGGACAUUGACACCACCCCAAUUGCCAGUGGAGUAGGCUCUAUACCACCCUGGUAUCAGCUGUGCUUCAUUCCAGCCUGAAGAUGGAUGCGAGGCAGCAGAAUGAUGCUUUCUGUCCUGUGUGUUAGCCAUCAGCUACAGGGCACUUAAGAGGUGGAGUGACAAUUACACAUCCUUGUCUCUUUCAACUUUUCACAUCCUUCAAGAUUCAGUUCACAACUGUAUAAAAUAAAUUUCAUCUCAAGUA